UGCUUUUGUUUAUGUUUUGAAACAAAAAUCAUAACAACACAGUUUAUUUCCAUUUUACGCGUUAAAGAAUAGUUUAGUUCAAUUAUUCCUUGGAAUUGCCAGAAAAAAAUGUGAACGUUCGACAAGUGAAGAAAUGGCUAAAAGAGCUCAGCUGGAGGCUAAGAAAUCAAAUCAAUGUUUACCUCUGUAGAAUCAUAUAUGUACCUACACAUUUGUGAAAAAACAUUACCUAUCAUCUUCUGUAAAAGUUGCCUCCAGUGUCGUUUAGAAAGCAGUUAAGACGCUAUCGAAAACAGAUUUUCGUUUAAACUUCUACUCCCGUGUGUUGAUUGUGUGAUCUACGGAACUCGUGUCAAGUAACACAACAAUGUCGAAAACCAAAAGCAAGAUCAAACUGAAGUCCUCAAGCCAAACCCGAUGCACGAUUUGUAGCAGAACGUUCCGUCAAAUCUCUACGCUAGCCCGUCACGAAGUUAUUUUUCAUAAAAUUCUCAUCGGACGUUGGGCUCGAGAAAAUUACACCGCCUGGCCAAACCGUUGCACCAAGUGUGGAUUGCACUUUCGUUAUAAUAUACUGCUUCCACUUCACAAUUGUGACGAUGUCUUAAAUCCUAAAGCGAACAAUGAUCAGAGUACUGAAACAAGUAUCGAAAGGCAAAAGUUCCAGUGUUCGAUUUGUGAAAAGAACUUCGAUGAUAAACCCAAUCUCGACGCACAUAUUUGGGAUAUGCAUAAUGGAGAAAAAAGCUAUGAUUGUGACAAAUGCGGCAAAAGUUGCAAUGCCAAACGGAAGUUGGAAGACCAUUAUGCUCGUUACCACAUCGGCAAGCCAAGAUAUCAAUGCAUAACUUGUGGAAAAAAGUUUUUUUUCUUCCCAGCAUACCGUAAUCAUAUUAAAAUUUCGCACCUCGAAGAAUACGAUCAAACUUUGGUGGCCAGAGGCGUCCGGGAUCUUCCCAUCAAUGAGCUCUACUCUAUGGAUGGCUGUGUUGUCAUCGAUGAUGGUCCCAAUCCACUACGCUGCGAGAUCUGCAACAAGACAUGCACCAGCAAGAAAAUGUAUGAUCGACAUAAAAAGAUCGCUCACAAAAAGAGGAAAUGGAUGCUUGCUUGCAAUAAAUGUGAUAAAGUUUAUGAAAAAAAGAUUUUUUUGGAAGAUCAUUAUGCCUGUGACCACCUAAAUGUUAUCAGGUAUGCUUGUGAAUAUUGUGGAGAAAGUUUUACCUGGAGAUAUGCAUAUUUUUUGCAUCUCAAGAAAAAGCAUUCUAAGGAAUACAAGGAUUCGGUAAGAGGAAAUAAAACUCAUGUUAUAUCUUACAAAAAAUUGAACUUAGGGAAUGAUCUUGACGAAAUACUGACCAACGACACCCUGCGUGAAAGGAGCUGCGUUAUGUGUAUUAGAACAUUUAUAUCCAAACCCCAAUAUUUAGAACACAUGCAAAGCCAACACUUGCCAAAAAACUAUGAUUGUAAUCGAUGUGAUAAAAUGUUCAACGUUAAGCUGGACCUGGAGCUCCACUUUGCUGAAAUUCAUGCCGAUAAACCUUGGUUUAGGUGUGAAAUUUGUGUAAAAAACUUCGACUCAAUAAAGGAGUACUGUUUGCAUCACAAGACGAAACAUCCGAAAGAAUACGCUGAAAUUCUGCGACAGAAGAGUUGUGAUCAACUGUACGAAAUGGACGGCUUCUUGAUUGUUGAACGAGUUCCAUUGGAAAAUCAGCUAUUGAAACCGAGAGACUCAUAUGAAGAACAAAACUGUGUUACUAUAAAAUCAGAACCCCCAGCAGAAGAACCAAUGGGGAACGAUGAUGAAGUUAGUUGUCCAUCGAUUAAAUCGGAAAUCGAGCAGACUGAUGUAACGGUCGCAACUCAACAGGAGUUGAUGAGUAUCUGUAAUUACUGUGGAAAAAAGUAUCGAAGUGAAACAGAUCUAUGGAAUAGUAAUCAUUCCAUAGUUCUUCAUCAAAUUAACGUUCACGGAAUUUUCGAUAGCUCUAUGUGUCGUAAGCUGAAAAAUGCCGAUGACGAAUCGCUAUCAGAAUUCCAAUAUCACUGUGAUAUUUGCGAAUAUCGGUUUCGAGACAAAAAAAUCUACCAAUACCAUGAAUGCGGUAUGGCGAAAGAACAGAACGCUGAUUCCAAGAACGUUAAAUACCGGUGCAAUGUAUGCAAAAAGAUAUUCAAAUACAAAAUCAAUCUAACGCAUCAUCUCAAGAUUGACCAUCAACAGACCGGCAAUAAAUGUGACAUUUGUGAGAAGACCGUCAAUACUAAAAGGGAUUUGUUAGAGCACAAGUUUAACGUUCACUUUAAAAAGCCCUUGUAUCGGUGCGCUUUGUGCGGAGAAACAUUUUCAGGUAGCGGGGCAAGUUUUGAUCAUCGAAAGAAAUAUCAUUCUGAGGAAUUGAAACGUGCGGAAAAACCUUUGCCUUCAUACGCGUUCAUUGAAAGGUUGAAUAAAUAAGACUUUAGUUUUUGAUUAACAGCUA